UGCCGAGCAAUGGAAGUAGCAAUCGGAAAUGUAUUACCCGGAACUACACAUAGAUGGUGCAAGUGGCAUGUCCUUCAGAAGGCAAAAGAGCGCUUGGGUGCUCUUUAUGGUAAGAACAAUCUUUUCAAAGAAGAGUUUCACAGGAUUGUGAACCAGAUGCUUACCAAAGAGGAGUUCGAGGGGGCGUGGGAACACAUGCUGAACAAGUACUGCCUCGAGAAGAAUCCGUAUUUGAUUCAAAUAUACGAGACCCGUUAAAAAUGGGCUAAACCAUACUUCUGUGGGAAGUUCUGUGCUCGUAUGACAAGCACACAAAGGAGUGAAAGCGCAAACCACAUGUUGAAGACUUAUGUCCCACCUGGUUCAGCGAUGCACGUGUUUGUCAAACAAUACAACAAGCUUCUCUAUGACAGAGACUCGGAAGAAAGUUUCCAGGAAAAAAGAACUAGACUGGGUGGUGUGGUGUUUAAAUCUGGUCUGCCCAUUGAGAAGCAUGCAGCGAAGAUUUAUACCCGCACUAUGUUUGAGAAGUUCCAAGAUUUCUUGUACACGGCCAUGUCCUAUGAUGUUGAUGAAAUAGUUACCGGAGAGAAAUUUGUGGCCAGACAUGUCGAUAGCGACACAAGAGAGAAAUGGUGCAAGGUGAAUUUUGAAGUGACUAUGUCAGAUGGGUACUACUCGUGUGAAUGUUUCAUGUAUGAGCACAUGGGCAUGCUAUGCUCUCACGUGCUUAAGGUUCUUGUUCAUUUAAGAAUGAAGGAGAUCCCGCCUAAGAACAUAUUGAAGAGGUGGACCGUGGAUGCUAGAGAUAUAUUGCCUGAGCACCUAAAACACUAUCAAAAGAACAAUGGCUUGGUGAAAUCAUUCAGUUAUAGGCAUUCUCACCUUUACCUUAAUGCAAUGGAGAUGGUUCGUCUUGGGGACACAAAUGUGGAGACUUACCAGGCUGCGAUAGAGAUGUUGAAGGAAGGAAUGCCGAGGCUAAUAGCGCUGGCAGCGGUGGGAGAUGGUUUGGGUCUUGAAGAGCGGAUGAACGCAAAGAAAGCACGCACUGCUGUUGUAGGACCGGCAUUACAGAAUGCUAAGAGUACUGAAACAGGUGACGGUUGCACUACUAUCAGUUUAGAUGCAGCCCUGGAGUCCAAGAUAUUUAUCCGAAAUAGCUUCUGUAUUAAUGUUGAGAGUAUUACACAUAUCAACCUUGACAUCAACAUUGGUAUUUGGGCUGAAGUAGAUACUGGACUUGUUCACACUUAUCAAUUGUCCUGA